GGGCAGGAAAUCCUUGUGUCUUCCGUCCUUAUCAGUCUUGUGUCCUGACGCAGUUACUCCCAGCCCUGGAGUAGAGAUACCCGAAAAUACAAAAACCGGUCAGACUUAACUUCCUUGGAAGUUGAUCUUCAUCGUAUUGAUAAGAGAAGGAGACUCUCAUACCAGUGGGAAAAUGACCGGGAGCCACCCUGUUAGGCUCCUGUUUAUGAUCAGUUUGGCAUUACAGAUCAUCCAUUUGGGAAAUAGCUAUCAAAAAGAGAAACAGAAAGGCAGUAGAGAAGAAAUCAACAAUGCUACAGCUCAGAAGCUCCAGAAGACACUCAACUGGACUUCGAACAACUGGAGGAAGGGAACCGGGAGCGCCGAGCGCUGGCGGCCACAGGACUCACCUCCCGACUCCCGGGCUGUCCGAGAGCGGGCGCCCCCACGGCCGCGCUGCUGCAGGAACGGCGGCACCUGUGUGCUGGGCAGCUUCUGCGUGUGCCCCGCCCACUUCACCGGCCGCUACUGCGAGCACGACCAGAGGCACAGCGAAUGCGGCGCCCUAGUGCAUGGAGCCUGGACCUUCCGUGGCUGCCUCCUCUGCAGGUGCGUCUUCGGGGCCCUGCACUGCCUCCCCCGCCAGUCACCCGUCCGCUGUGGUAAGAGGACCUGUGAUCACAGUCUACACACGCAGACAGUUGCUGCUUUAUACGUACCGAUCCGUGGAGACCCACCUGUGCCAGACCUGAGAGACUUGCUCGCCUCCCGCUCUAAUGGAGUAAGCGCACAGCGCACGCUGAGUGUGCUCAUCCUCCUGCCCUGCUUCCUCCUGCCGUGCGCGCUCAGUGAGGAAGCGGACUGACCGCUCACCGGGCCUGCGAGGACCUAACACGCAACUCCGCACCGGCAGCGCCAGGCGUCCCCACCGCAGCUGAGCAAGCAUGGCGCUCCGUGGGAAUGCCAGCACUGUGCAUCCGCUUUAAUUUUCUAUGUUGUAACUCAUAGAUUUGCCUCAUUUCGUAUCAACUGAAGCAUUAGAUGAGUAUUUUUGUUGUUUAAUAAACAUUUUCAUGAAAGCCUU